GUCCUCGUCAUUCUUCAUUUUCCUGCGCCGAGCAGCAAAGAUGGAAAAGAGCGCCGGCGAUCCACCGCGCGAUUCCGAUAACAACUUGAACUGGAGCGAGGCCGUCGAGGAUCUUCUAUCUUCCGGCGACACAGACGCCGCAAUCUCGCGCCUGGAAUCCGUAGUGUCCCAACUCCAACUCCAACCCACUCCGCCUUCCCAAGCGGCGGAUCUCCAAUUGGCUUCCGCUCUCACUGAAUUGGCCAAUCUCUACUCCUCCAACGACUUCUCCCUCAAGUCCGACGAACUUCGCUCCCGCGCCGCGCUCCUCAGACACCGCGCUCUUGGUUCCCGCGUGGACGAUCAAGAUUCGGACGUUGGUGCCGCUUCCUCUUCUCGAUAUGAUGGUGCUGUUCAGAAAUCUUCAUCACAUUCUGCUGGUGGUGGUGAUGAAGCUUCAGAUGAUGAUUGGGAAGCUGCGGCGGAUCGUGCACCCAGUGAAUUGCUCUCUCCUGACUGCCUGCCGAGUGUAUCAGAAGUCUCAAAGAAAGAUGAGGCUGACAAAAAGCCUAAGCGCCGUGGAAGAGGCACAUUCACAUAUAAGAAGAACGGAUUGUAUAGCGAUCAGCAAUCUGAUGCACUUGUUUCUGAUGAUGAAGAGGAUGGGGAGGUGGGAGAAACUAGCCAGAGUGGAGAAUCAAAACAUGCUACGUAUGGCACACAUCAUGUUCUUGUCCUGGCUGACUUCCCUCCCAGCACGAAAACAACAGAUCUAGAAAGGUUUGUGGACGGCUUCAAAGAUCGGGGAGUCUCAAUCCGUUGGGUUAAUGAUACGACUGCUCUUGCAAUUCGAUCUCCCAAUACAGCACUGGAGGCCCGCAACUCUGUUAAAUUUCCAUUCACUGUACGUAUUCUCAAUGACGAUGAUGUCCUUAUGAGCUCCAUCUCAACCAAAGACUUGGAACCUCCGAGGCAACGGCCUCAAACAUCAACAAGAACGGCUCAAAGGCUGAUUGCUCAAGGGAUGGGACUGAAGUUGCCUUCCCCUGGGUUUGGAUCCCGAGAGCUCAAGAACCAGGAAGAAGCCAGAAAGACUCGGAUAGUUACCAGGCAAAAGCUGAGGGAUGACGCUUGGGGAGACGAUUGACUUGCCAAAUUAGUCUGCGGAAUUAUGUAUAUUGUUGGAGAUUUGUAGCAUUGACCUUGAGAGCUAUAAGGUGGCCUUAGAACGUAACGUGGUUUGAUUUUGGCUAUUUGUCUUCCUCUUGAUGUUCCUC